UAUAAAAAAAAUGUCUGUUCAAAACGAUGAUGCCGUUGUAUCAGGCUAUGGUAGUUCAGAUGAAACAGCGUCGUUGCUGGUAUCAUCGAAAAAUAAACAUGCUUCGUCUCAGUCUCGCGGUAAUAUUUUCAAAGUUUCAUCAACUGUGAAUGGGCCUGCUUCAACAAGUGGAACAACGAAACCAGUUUUGAUGCGACAAGAAUGCACAUCAUCAUAUCUGAUCAGUCCGAAUACAUCACAAAUGGGAUGUUCAGAGGAAAAACAACCUGGUGAAGAUGAUCAAAGCUCACAGAAAUCAAAUCAACAAGCCCUCUCAUCGAUAGCAAUUAGACCAUAUCAAAUGUCAUUAAGUGUAAAUGCUUCUUCCGUACCGGAUUUAGAUGCACAAUAUAAUUUAGAAGCACCUGCUAUAUCAGUAUCACAAUCCUACCGUAACGGCCAUCGUGAUUCCGUAAGCGGCUACCAGCUGAAUCCACAGACUCGAUGCCGCACGUGCAGGACAUGCGAAAGACGCGCUUCGACAACUCCCGUUUCCUCACUUUAUUUAGCUCGAUCCGUAUCAAAAGAAAGCGUUCGUAGUCAAGCACAAGGGCAUUUAUCGCCUCACUCACUUCAUGUUCAACAGCACAUACCGCCAGUUCUGAUAACCUCAUCACCGAAUUCGGGAUCACGAAUUAUUCGACAAAGUUCACAGCCAGAAGCUAGCAAUGUGAUUUGUUGUCAACAUGCCUGUAGUCAUACCACACCAUCAUUGCGACAGUUACGCGAGCCCAGCGAAGGAAUUGCUGGCAUUGCUGGCAUUGCAGCUGACUCGCUGCGGAUCAACGGAGCAAUGAGACCUUUUCGACAG